UGAACUCGUACUGCAGAGAUUACAGCGACAUAAACGUUUUAAACACGGCCUUAGGGGAAAUAAUGUGGACUACUUCCGGUUCCUGGGUGUGUUUAGAGGUUUUAGUGUGAAGAACAGGAGGUACUUUAUGGACUGAAGAAGCUCCUGUGUGAAGUUAAUGUCACUGAAAAUGCUGGUGUGCAGAGUGCUGAGUUUGUGUUUCAUGCUGAUUUUUGUGGAUUUGAUCUCACAUCCUGCAGCAGCUCAGUCCUGUGAAGGUCGCUGUGGUGAAAGGUCGGCGUCCUGUUCCUGCCACCCGACAUGCGAGACCUUACUGAACUGCUGCCCAGACGUGAAACAGUUCUGCCUUGACAUCUCGCCUCACUCUGGUUCUCUUCUCGGAGGAACCGACUUUAAACUGCUUCAUGUCAAAUUCGCCAAGAACGUCACCCUCACCUGCAGGUUUAAGAAUGAGAUCAUAACUCAGGGCUACGUGGAUGAGGAUGGUGUGGGUCACUGUAUCUCGCCCCUGCUGUUCGAAUCCGGUUGGAUCCCGUUUAAGGUAUCCACCGAUGGACAGAACUAUAACCGAGCCGGUCGAUGGCUCUCAGUGCACCACAGUAAGCUGAGUCCGGAGAACAAGCUCCUCCUGGAGAACGGGACCCAGUGGCAGUAUUACGGUACGCCGGGCGUCGGUGGAGUUCUGACGAUGGAGUGGAAUUCGUCUCUGAUUAAAGCCGACGGAGUAAACGUUGAGCUGUGGGGCUAUGACGAGUUCGGAGAGCCGUAUUCUGAUCAGUGGACGGCCGAGUGGAAAUAUCUGUACUCAGUAGGCAGGAAUGUGACCAAUAACGGGGUGUUCAGCUUCGUCCCGAGGCCCACUGAGAUGCCGCUGGCGCAGUGGCACAUGGGCAGCAUGAGGGUCAGUCCGAGCACCGAACCUGACGGCACGUGGAACGUGAACGCUCUGUGGACUGGAGAUCAUGCUCUGGCGUAUCACCUGGAGGAGGCCUUCAGAAAAAAUUCAGCAGCUUGGGCUCUGGAGAAAUGUCUGAAGUGGGAUCAGGAGGAAAAGAUGAUGCCCAGUUUCCUGCCUGAGAUCAUCGAUUGCCCCUGCACGCUGGCGCAGGCCCGAGCCGACACUGGCAGAUUCCAUACGGACUACGGAUGUGAUAUUGAGAAAGGCAGUAAAUGCACUUAUCACCCAGGAGCUGUGCACUGCGUUCGAGCUAUUCAGGGCAGCCCGAAGUACGCAGCAGGUCAGCAGUGUUGUUACGACAAAACCGGAGCUCAGGUUCUCACCGGCGACUCGAUCGGCGGAAGUACCCCAGACCGAGGGCACGACUGGGGGUCACCGCCGUAUAAAAAGCCCCCCAAAGUGCCAGGAUUCUCCCACUGGAAAUACGACGUGAUCACGUUCUACUACUGCUGCCUGUGGUCAGAUAACUGCGACUAUUAUUUCACACAUCGUCCCUCCAGCGACUGCAGGACGUACCGCCCUCCUAAAGCAGCCUCGGUGCUCGGGGAUCCUCACGUCAUCACGUUUGACGGUUCCACGUUUACCUUUAAUGGUAAAGGAGAAUACGUUCUGCUUCAUUCACCAGAGCACCAGCUGAUGGUGCAGGGCAGAACUGAGCCAAUGAAGUCAGAGAAUGGCUCCGUCGUCAUGGCGACCCGUCUCUCCUCGGUGGCGAUGAAGGAAAAGGUCUCGGACGUCAUCGAGGUGCGUCUCGCGGAUAAACCGGACCACCUGCAGGUCUUACAGAACCAGCAGGCGCUAAGUUUCUCCGAACAGAACUGGCUGGAUCUUGAAGGUGUGUACGUGUUCUCAGCAGUACCCCAGAAUGUCACGGUCAUGUUCCCCUCAGGCGCAGGACUCGAGGUCAGAGGUAGCGGAGGGGUCGUGACCCUGACCGUUUUACUGCCAGGGGAGUUCAUGGAGCAGACGCAGGGCCUCCUGGGGAAGAUGAACGACGAUCCCGAAGACGAUCUGACCUCCAGCGACGGAACAGUCGUAGGGGUAGACAGCAGCCCUCAGGACAUUUUCACUUUCGGAGCAGGAUGGGCCGUUACAAACGAGUCCUCUCUUUUCACCUACGACUCGGAGCACCUCCUAAACGAGUACCGUUUCUCCCCGAAGCACGAUCCGUCGUUCGUCCCGCAGUUCUCGGUGAGCGAAGACCCUUCCGACCCGCUCCUGAGUCCUACGUUGAAGAUGUGUGUAGGACACGGAGCUCAGUUCUGUAAAUACGACACGCUAAGCACACGCAGUCUGGAGCUGGGCAACAACACGCUGCACGCCGUCCGCACUCACGCAGCCACGGUGCAGGACCUACAGCCUGUGGUGUCCUGUGGCUGGCUGCAGCCACCCAAGCAUGGGGGAAAAGAAGGAACGGUGUAUUUGAAGGGGGCAAACGUCAGAUUCUCCUGUAACCAUGGUUACCGUCUUCACGGCUCACGGGAGCGGGUGUGUCAGGAGGACGGACGGUGGUCAGGAGAGGACACGCACUGUGUUUCAGAUGACACUUUGGGAAUCGUGUUGGGCAGCGUCGGUGCCCUCCUCACCCUGGUCGUCAUGGUGAUCGCGAUCGUCCACUACAACCGGAAACAGAAGAGGGAAAGAACAAAGGAGAGAGAAAACAAGGUGGUUUAUCAGCCCGACCCUACAAAUCUGUGACACCCUUCAGCUGCUGCCUCAUCGCUCUGUUGUACUGUGUGACUUCCAUGUCAUCUACAUUACAACAGUACAAGCAACGUGUCAUAAAACCUCCUGGAUUCAAUUUUCUUUUUUUUUUUUUGCACCGUCAGUUCCGUUCAGCAGCCACGUGUUUAAGCUUAAUUUAAACUGUUGAUUAGUUUUCUCCCUGGUGCUAAUUUGAUCACAGCCCCUUGAGGGUUAACUUUACUCAUGAUUCAACCUUCCUGCUUUAUUUCAAGUCUAGUUUUGUGUCUGAAGGAUGUUUAUAUUUAAAUCGUAUUAAGAAACAAUCGGGGAUGGACGAGAUACCCGAACGAGGUUCUGACCUUUAAACGGAACCUUAAAAGUAUUUAUGUCAAGGAAGUUCCUUAUGCUCAGAAUCAGGUCCUGUACAUGCUUAAAGUCGUUUAAAGGCGGGGUCUCCGAUUUUUGAGAAAUGCUUCAGAAAAAUCAAAACAAAAACAAAAUAAACGUGUAGCCAAUGAGCAGAAAGGGGCGGGGCUUGUCGAUAUGGGCGGAGAGAGUGUUCAGUGCGCGUGUGUGACGUUAGCAGAAAGCGGUUUUAACAUCGACAUGGAGGAUAAAAACAAAGAAAGAAAGAGAAGAAAGACUUACGAUAAGGACAAGAAGUAGGACGUGUUAAUAUAGGAUCAGCUUUCCAGCGCUGGAGAGAACUGAAGGAGCAGGAAGUCGGCCAUAUAUUCACAGGUUGGAGUUUCCCGAGUCAAUAACUCCUGAGCUAAACGCUGUUACUACACAAAUAACACCUCUUUUCUAUCGUAGUAAUGUAGAGAGGCAGCUACAACCGCGUUUUGUGUAGUAACAGCGUUUAGCUCAGGAGUUAUCGACUCGGGAAACUCCGACCUGUGAAUAUGUGGCCGACUUUACUUAAGACGCCAAGGUGCUUUUUUCCUUCUCGAUAGGUGAGUAACGUUGGUUUUGCUUUGUUACACAGAACUAAUAUAUGCCUUUGUCCUUUACAUGAUUAUGCUUGUGUGGCAUUUUUGCUUGUUUGUUUAUCUACAAUCGUAUUGUUCUUCCCUUCAGCUAUGAUAAAGACACGUUUCUUUCCGUUAGUCGCCUGGGUUACGUAUGUAUGUGUGGGCGGAGCUAUCGAUACAGGGGUGGGACCCGUUUGGGUUAGGGGCGUGUUUGUUUUGGUGAUUUCAAAUGUCGACAUUGGCUUUCAAAAAUCGGAGACCCCACCUUUAAAGUUACGCUACACUUUCCCUUUCAUCGACUUCCAUUCGUAUUCAUGCGAACGCUGGAGACCGGAAACGCAAGUGUUCACCUUAGCUCCAGAACCCUGACACAUUAGCGUCUAAUCUCUAACACUGAGGAAGCAAAUAUUGUAACUGCCUUAUGAUCAGAUAGUUAUUUUAGCAGACUAGCUUACUGCUAACGAGGAGAAAAUCUGCUUAAGCAAUGGCAUGGCUUGCGAUGUCAAAUCCGGUCGCCGCCAUAUUCGCCGCGGCUUCUGAAGAAAUGCCUCACGAUGGAAGUCUAGUGUAACGGCACCUCGAGUAAAUUUAUAACAGGAUUUGAUUUCAAUCGAGAAUUGUUUUUAAUUCUUUUUAAAAAAAGAAAUGUUAAACAAAUAACUUUGUGGUUGUGGUCUCGGCUCAUUACGAGAAAUCACAGUCGAAUGGAAACGAUGACAUUUUGAAAUAAAACUCUGAGAUUUGUGAAGAUUUACAAUAAAUGUUGAUGACUGAU